UCUCUUUCUCCGUCUACCUCUCCCUCUCUCUCGGUUAGUCAAUCACAACUUUCCAAAAGCAGGGAGAGGAGAGGGCACACUGCUCUGAGUGACAGACACUGGGCGGUUAGGAGUCAGACUGAUUCCAGGAGCUUCAGAGGCCGGGGGAUAGAGUAGGCGUGUGCCAAGGGGACUCCACUAUUCUGUCGGUUUGAAAGCACUGGAUGACGGAGUGGAGAAACUCCAUUCAGACCUCCCACCUCGGGUGCCAUAGCAACCAAGAAAUCAAAUCCCUGGCCCGACCUUGUCGUCGAAGGCUCCCAUUUUACACAACAAACUUAACAGCCCACAGACUCGCUCUCAGUGGAGUUACACAGCAGCCGACAGGUCCUCCUUGCAGCCCACGUCCUGACUGAACAGACCCCCUUUCCCUGACGUUGAGAACCGUGUCUACAGAAAACAUGCUGGUCCUCUUCCUCACUCUCCUCAUCCUCACUCUCCCGGGCCCCGGCCACCUCUCCUCCUCAGCCGACAGAGAUGAGAACCCGCAGCCCACCAAUGGCAGGGUGUCCAGGGAGACCAAGCCGAGGCCUCAGCCAUUCAAAGUGGUGAUCUCAAACGACUGCGCCCAGGGUGACUCAGCCAAGGAGCUGGAGCUGGACCCGGACACCCCGCUGGUUCUGACUCAUCGGAUCCGCCUGGUGCCAACCUCUGGCGGAGGGGGUGGAGGGGGCGCGGGCGCGGGAGCGGGCACGUGCACUGGGUGUGAGGCAGAGUUUGCCGCCCUGCGCGAGCGCCUGGAGAGGCUGGAGAGGGAGGUGUCGGCGCUCAGGCAGAAGUGUGGCGGACCGGAGGGGGGCUGCUGCGCCUCAGAGCAGAGCAAAGGACCGGGCUGCACGGUCAGGCCCCCGACGUGCCCGGAUGACUGUAACGAUCAGGGCCGAUGUGUCGACGGGAAGUGUGUGUGCUUCCCCGGUUACAGCGGAGAGGCCUGCAGUGAGUCCUCGUGCCCGGACGACUGCGGCGAUAAGGGGAAGUGUGUGAACGGGCAGUGUGUGUGCGACCCUGGUUUCACGGGGCCCGACUGCUCUACGAGGACAUGUCCCGACAACUGUAACAACAGAGGACGCUGUGUGAACGGAAGAUGUGAGUGUGACCCCGGUUUUGCAGAGCCAGAUUGUGCCACCAGAGGCUGUCCUGACAACUGUAAAAACCGCGGGAAGUGUGUAAACGGGCAGUGUGUGUGUGACCCUGGUUUCACGGGACCCGACUGCUCUACGAGGACAUGUCCCGAUAACUGUAAAAACCGAGGACAGUGUGUGAACGGAAAAUGCGUGUGUGACAGCGGCUUCACGGGUCCCGACUGUUCCGAAGCAACCUGCCCUGACAACUGCAGCAACAAAGGACAGUGUGUCAACGGAAAGUGUGUGUGUGACAGCGGCUUCACCGGUCCCGACUGCUCCAGCAGAGAAUGUCCGAAUAACUGCAAAAAACGUGGCAAGUGUGUGAAUGGGCAGUGUGUCUGCGACCCUGGAUUCACUGGUCCGGAUUGCUCCUUGAAGGCCUGUCCCGACAACUGCAACAACCGAGGCCGGUGUGUCAACGGAAAGUGUGUGUGUGAGGUGGGCUUCUCGGGGCCGGACUGCGGGACCAAGUCCUGUCCAAACAACUGCAGCAACAAGGGCCGGUGUGUGAGAGGGAAGUGUGUGUGCCGGCGCGGGUUCACAGGGCCCGACUGCAGUGAGUGUGAGCCGGGGCUGAGCGGACCUGACUGCUCGACAGCCCUCACCGGUGUGACCACCCUCACUGCUAAGGACAUCACGGAGUCGUCAGUGACCCUCACCUGGACGCCACCUGCAGUGCAGUACGACACCUACCACAUCACCUUCACCAGUCAGAAAGAAGGCGAUCAGAAGAUCACAUCAUCAGUGGGCGGGCGUCUCACCACCUACACUCAGACAGGAUUGGCUGCUGGCCAGGAGUACCAUGUGUCAAUCACAGGAGAGAAGGAUGGGCAGCCUGGUGCAGAGAGUUCUACAGAGUUCAUUACAAUUAUCUCAGGUCCCACCAAUCUGAAAUUGGUGAAGACAUCCACCACGUACGCAAUCAUCCAAUGGGAUCCGCCCCAGAUGGAGAUAGACAGGUAUCACUUGAGAGUCUCACCCAGCGCGGGAGGAGACCAGGGCAGUCAGGAGAUCGUCGUGCCCCCCUCCAGGGUGUCCGCCCAGAUAGAUCGUCUGAAGGCGGGAGUGCUCUAUGACAUCACUCUGGUGGCAGAGAAGGAUGGCCGGAGUUCGCCAGAGACGAUACAGGUCGUGCCCGAAUCUUCCGAGGAUGGCUCUCUCUCGAGCAGUACGUCAGAGGAAUCACCCAGGACUGAGCCCGCUGUCACGAGCACCGAGAGCGAGACGGGGAGGAGUGACGAGACCGACCCAGGACAAUCAAAAGCGGUCACAUUCGCAGGCCUUAUCCCCAUCGAGUACCCAAUGGCGGUGCCUUCAACAGAGGUCACCCUAUCCAACCAGGUAGUGGAGAGAGCACUGAUACCCGUGGUCAUACUAAACAAAGACCUGGUGUUUUCUAUAGGAAGAGAAAUGACACGAGACCUGCAAGGCCUCGACCAGACCAGCCACCUUCACCCCAUAUCACAACCUCACCAGCUCCUUCCUCAACCUCGCUACACUGCAACACCACAUCCUGAUGACAGAGAGAAUGGUCACCCUGAUGACGAAGAGAAUGGUCACCCUGAUGACGGAGAGAAUGGUCACGCUGAUGACGACAAGGAGAAAACCAGCAUAGGCAGCCCGUCUGAGGAAGUCCCUGCCAGCGUCACUGAGAAGCCGAAGGCAGAGCGGAGAAUGGAGGGGCGAAACAGAGAGCAGAGAGAAGGACCGCACGGGGAUUUGGAGGAUAAUGAGGAGGGUGUUACAAAACAUCUGGCCAAGACACCAGCAACCGCCGCUGACAUAGCAGGGCCAAGAGCUAAAGCUUCCCCCGACGACACAUUCACCAAAGUCCUUCCUGGGUCUACGGGAUCAUACUUGUUCGAGGGUCUCCGUCCACUGACCCAAUAUGUCUUCUCUGUGUAUGGCAAGGGUCCAGGACUUCGCUCGAAAACUCACAGUGUUACUAUAAACACAGGUCCUGAGCCCCCAAGUAAUCUCCUGUUCCGUGACAUCACUGACACCCAUGUGUCGGUGUCCUGGACCAAACCGCGGAGCCCGGUGACCGGCUUUAAGGUUACGUACACGCACACGCGCGAGGGGGAGCCAGUGUCUGUUUCGGUGGGUGCGAAAGACACGACUCUAGAACUCUCUCAGCUUACCCCGGGGUCGUCCUAUGAGGUCAACGUCAUCUCUCUGCUAAACCUGGAUGAGAGUGACCCAAUCAAAGACACCGUCCACACACUGCCAGACUCUCCCACAGACCUCCAUGCCAUUAACAUCACGGACUCCAGGGCCCUGUUGCUAUGGAGACCGGCGCUGGCAGCCAUUGACAACUACGUCAUUGUGUACGGCUCAGAGAAAGGGCCUGACGUGAGCAUCUCGGUGUCCGGUAAUGCAGCAGCGCAGCAGCUGACAGGACUGGACCCUUCGACAGAGUACAGCGUCACCAUCACCAGUCACCUUGGCGACCGCCAGAGCAGCGGGGCGAACACCCUCUUCACCACCACCGGGGGUUCUGGCAGGGGUGGAGACGGACCGAAGGACCUCACAGCCAGUCAGGUCACCCCGCGCUCAGCCAUGUUGACAUGGAAACCACCCGCUUCUGUAGUCUCUGGUUACAAAUUACAGUAUUCCGUAGAGGGCCAGGCAUUUCAAGAAGUGUUUGUGGGCGCAGGCCUCAGUGAGCACAGGCUGACCAGGCUGCGGCCCGGCUCCAAGUAUACGGUGAGACUGCAGGCGGAGGUGGGCGGAGUCUACACAGAGGCCAUCGCCACGGAGUUCAACACAGGAAAUCUCCUGUUCCCGUUCCCCAGUGAUUGUUCCCAGGAGCUUCUGAACGGCGUACACGAGUCUGGGCUGGCGGAGAUCUUCCCCCUGGGCCAGGACUCCAUGCCAGUCUCCGUUUAUUGUGACAUGGAGACCGACGGAGGCGGCUGGACGGUUAUCCAGAGAAGAGUGAAUGGCAAGGUUGACUUCUUUAGAACCUGGAAAGACUACAGGGAUGGCUUUGGAGACCUGAGUGAGGAGUUCUGGAUGGGUAAUGAGCACAUUCAUAAUCUCACCAAAAUGACCCCUAUGGGCUUGCGGGUAGACAUGCGUGCCGAGGGUGAGACCGUCUUCGCCAAAUACACGACAUUCGCCGUCGGCCCAGCGAAGUUGUACACGCUGAAGGUGUCUGGUUAUACUGGCAAUGCAGGUGACUCCAUGACAUACCACAGCGGCCGGGCGUUCUCCACCCGAGACCGAGACCGCUCCGACAUCCGGUUCUGUGCCAUGUCCUACAGGGGAGGAUGGUGGUACCGGAACUGCCACGAGGCCAACCUCAACGGCCUGUUCGCCACAUCUAAAAAUCACCAGGGAGUGAUAUGGACGUCUUGGAAAGGCAAAGAGUACUCCAUCCCUUUCGUCGAGAUGAAAAUACGUCCAUCCUCCUUCAAACCUCCUUCUCAGGGUUAAGAACAAGACGGGGAGGGAAAGCAGGACAACUCUACAACAACACACACACACAGCUUGUAUAUGCUACACACACACACACACACACACACACACACAUGCACACAGACACACUGACACACAAACACACAUAUGCACACACACAUCCAUAUGAGCACAAAGAGACAAGGCAAUAAUUACUUUAUUAAAUACAAGAUACAGUAAAUGUAUUUUACUACUAUAGUUCCUGGUACAGUUUCUACACUUCUCUCUGGAGGUCGUAAGCUCUGGUCAAACUGUGGUUGCGUUCACCAUCUUUGCCAGUAGUAUACACAUUUUCCCUGACAAUGAUGGAAAUAUUUACAUUGCUAAGUUAGUUAUUGGUGGACAUCUUUGUACUUGACUGGUGCUUUUUUAGAGUUAAUGUUUUGUACUGAGUUGAGGUGAUUGAGCUCUUUCUGUUGUCUGUAUCCUGAGAAUUAUUCUUUUAAAAAAUACGAAACCAAACGAUGGCAGAAAAUAGACAUUUGUCUUAAGUGUAACGGUUUUGUUGUCCUACUACUCCCUGCCUGCGGUGGCAGCACAUGUGGGGGUCUAACAUUAGGGGGGGUUGCAGAGUUCCAAGCAGAGGAAAGACAGAUUGUCCAGACACAAAACCAGUUACUCAUCAUCUUAAAUGGCCUUUCCAAAGUGAGGCGCAGUUACACAACAAAAAAUGUCUCAUUGUGUUGUUUUUUUUUUUGGGAUGUAUUUGAAAAAGUCUUGUUUUAUGGUCUUUUUAUUUACUCUGUGUGAAUAAAUUCUACAAUAUGUAGUACUCUCUACGACAGUACAACUUUCUAACGUUUUCUAGUGUCUCCACUUCUGAUAAAUGACUUAAUUUAUCUGUUGCUCCCAACAUAGCAGUCUUGUGGGGACCACUGCCCUAUCACACCCAUAGAUCUAUCAGCAUUCUAUCAAAUGUGCAUGCCAAGGGAAUGGGGUGAUAUUUUUAUAAGCCAUGUGGGGUAUGACCAAGACGCCAGUGGGCAGUAACUCACUGCAUUACUACCCUCCACUAUUAAGGUACAUUUGUGACUGACAAGCAACACUGAGAGAUAUAAGGUGGACGUUGAUGGUGCAGUGGUUAGUAUAAGGUGGACAUGGGUUAGCGUGCCGUCCUCGGUCGACUCGGGUUUAAUUCCCGGCUACUGCAGGAUGCCGAUUCCCGGUUACUCCUAUGCAAUUUGCUUUGGAUAGAAGCGUCUGGUAAAUACCAGACCUUUAUAAAUGCAGAGAUACAAAUACAUGCACACACACACACACACAUACACAUACCGACAGAGAUCAGAAAAGCAACUUUACACACUCACAAUCUUUUACUUUAAACUCUUCGUCGUCUGCGUUGUCCUCAUCAUCAUCCUCAUCGUCGCAGUAUCUUAAAAACACUGCCAAGAGUUUACUGUGUCUGCUCUGGUGGCUAACUCCCUCACAAGAAUGCAUGCAGUGUGUGUGUGUGUGUGUGUGUGUGUUCAUCAGAACACAAGAGGGAGAGAGGAGGGGGGUGAAACACCCCCGGUCUAUUGGUUGUGGCAGGAACACACUGAUUCAGUUUACUGAGAACGGAGAGAGAAAUCAUGUAGUAUCACAUUUGUAUAUCCAUCGCAUUGCAUUUAAUGGGUGUAAAGAUGCCACACAUCUAACACGUGUUCUUUUUUUAAAUCAGUAUGUUGAAUGUUGAUAUUGUAUUUUGUAUUUGCUAUGGAAUUUUAUUUUAUUUUAUUACAUAAUGUAUGCUCAUGUAGUAUUUUCAGACUAUUUUCAAAGUUAUAUGAAAAAUAAAGCAAUGAUUUCUUGUGUUA